AUGUGGUGCUUCCAGAUAUUCAGAAAUGCCUCCGCUGGAAGUCUCAAACGAAUGGCAUCUAGCGAUGCGGCAUCACAGAACGUUUGCCUAAACCUUGUUAGGAACCAUGAUAAGGAAAAUUUUCUCUGCACACUGCUCCUCAAGAAUCCACAGCGUCGCAAUGCGUUUGCUGUCCGGGCAUUCAACGUUGAGGUAGCGAAGGUUAGCGAGAAGGUAUCGGCCGGCAAUGUCGGUGUGAUGCCGCUCAAAUUUUGGGAAAACACAAUCACCAGCUUGUACCGGAGCGAUGGUACAUCCGUGCCGGACCAUCCCGUCAUACACGAACUCCAGCAGGCAGUACGCGAGCACAAGCUUUCGAAAAUGUACCUACAGCGAUUGGUUAGCGCACGGGCUAAUGCGAACCUGCACUUUCUCACGGUGAAACAGCUGGAAGAUUACGCCGAACAUGCGGUAUCGAGCGUGCUCUACCUGUUGCUGGAAGUGCACGAUACGCGCAACGUGCACUGCGAUCAUGCCGCGUCCCAUCUCGGCAAGGCGCAGGGUAUCGUGAAUCUGUUGCGCUCGAUCCCGUACCAGACGCGCCGCAAUGCGGUACCGAUCCCGCAGGAGGUGCUAAUCGCGCAAGGUGUGAACCAGGAGCGGAUGGUGCGCAACCGGCCGGACGAUAAGGGCGUGGAGGAGGUGACGUUCAGUUUGGCCAGUGUCGCUUUUCGCCAUCUGGAGAAGGCGAAGGGUUUGCUGAAAUCGGUACCACGCACGGUCAAACCAAUAUUUCUACCGGUUGUCACUAUCGAGCGUUAUCUGCAGCGAUUGCGACUUGCCAACUUUCACCUCACAGAUCCAAACGUAAUGCGCACGGAUUCGUUACUACCGUUGGUGCUGUACUGGCGGAAAUUACGUGGGAACUAUUAA